GCAAACUGGUUUAGUUCAUAAGAUUGACUGCACGUUUGAAGAGCUCCUUACAUUUUAGCCAUAUCUUUCUAGAAUAAAGCCAGAUAAGUCUACUAAUUGUUCAUAUUACAAAUAAGGUAUGCUUUUUUGCAUUAAAAUUUUCAAGUUAAUAUAGUUCCUAUAUAUCUAUUGUGAUAAAAAUAUCUAAAACUGAUUUUUCAUGGUAUUAUCGCUCAAUAUUCUUUUAUGCGAAAUUACUAGCAACUAUAGAAAAUAUGAUUAUUCUUUCAAUGUAUAUAGUGUAAAAGAUGUAUUACUUGUUUAUUAUAUCAUGGGAAAAACUAAGUAAGAGAUUUGUCUGACAGUUUGACUUGGUCUGAAAAAUUUUAAUGGAAUUGUACAUUGGAACCUUAGUGAUAGCCUGUAUCCCGGUUGCUCUUUUUUUGAUAUCAAGGCGAUUAUUAAAAAGUGUAAAAAGCGUUAAGGAUAAAGUAGUAUUGAUAACAGGUGCAAGCUCGGGGUUAGGAGAAGAGUGUGCCAAGGUAUUUUACGAGAAUGGGGCAGUGAUUGUUCUUUGUGCUAGAAGGAAAGCUGAAUUAGAACGUGUGAGGCAGUCUUUGUUAGAUAAUCCAAAGAUCACAGCUGAUCCAAAAAGAAUAAUUCUUCAAGAAUUAGAUCUAGAAAAGUCUGGAUAUUUAAAUACUAUUGUUCAAAGAAUUAUUUCAAAAACUUCAACCAUUGAUAUCCUCAUCAAUAAUGCUGGAGUUAGCUAUAGAGGAGUUGCUCAUGAGACUGAGCUUUCAGUCUUCUCCAAGCUGCUGAAAGUUAAUGUUCUCGGAACGGUAGAGUUAACAACCUCGGUUCUUCAACACAUGAUAGAAAAAGAAUCAGGUCAUAUCGUGAAUGUUAGCUCGGUUCAGGGUAAAAUUGCUAUUCCCUAUCGAUCAGCUUACGCGGCCAGCAAACAUGCCCUUCAUGCGUACAGCGAUUCCUUGAGAGCUGAAGUAUCUUCGAAAGGCAUUCAAGUUUCGGUCAUUGCUCCAGCCUACAUUCGAACAAAUUUAUCUGUAAACUCUGUCACAUCAUCAGGCGAAAAGCAUGCAGUGAUGGAUGCGACUACUGCGAAGGGCAUGCACCCUCGGUAUGUAGCUCAAGUUAUUCUAAGCAUGGUCAAAGACGAAAAGAGAGAAGUGAUCCUGGCUCCCUUCCAUCACAGACUAGCAAUUAUCUUACGAGCUGUCUACCCUUCUAUGUAUUUUCGAAUUAUGAAUAUGAGGGCAACAAAGGAAGAAAACAGCUAUGCCUAA